CUCUUGCCUCCCCUCCGCGUAUGUCGCGGCGGAUUAGCAGCUGCGGCCAGCUCAGCGCCUGAGGAUCAGACACACACACGGGGGGCGGGGGAGAGACAGAUUUAGCUUCGCGGGAGGAAGGGAUGUGAGCGUGCGUGGUGUGUGUCCCUCCCAGCCUUUGCACGGAUGAAACUCGCGCGUCCCUGCUAGCGAUCGGGGCGAGGAGGAGGAAGAGGAACCUUCCCUCCGGGCUGGGACUCCACUUCCUGGAGAAGCCCUCCUCCCCGCGCGGAGUUUCGGCGGGGAUCCCGGCUUCACCUGGAGAGAACAGCAGAAGGAGGAGGAGCCACAGCAACACCUGUCCAAAAUGAAGGACCGGCUGGAGCAACUGAAGUCGAAACAGGACCAGGAUGAUGCCGAUGAUGACCUGGAAAUCGCUAUUGACAACACAGCUUUCAUGGAUGAAUUCUUUGCAGAGAUUGAAGAAACCCGGCAGAAUAUUGACAAAAUUUCCGAAAAUGUAGAAGAGGCAAAAAAGCUGUAUAGCAUCAUCCUGUCAGCCCCAAUCCCUGAACCAAAGACUAAGGACGACCUGGAGCAGCUCACAGCAGAUAUCAAGAAAAUGGCUAACAGUGUCCGAAACAAACUUAAGAGUAUGGAGAGGAAUAUUGAACAGGAUGAGGUUCGAUCCUCAGCUGACCUGCGGAUACGGAAGUCCCAGCAUUCAGUCCUUUCCCGAAAAUUUGUCGAUGUGAUGACGAAGUACAACGAAGCACAGGUCGACUUCCGGGAACGGAGCAAAGGAAGGAUUCAGCGACAGCUUGAGAUCACCGGGAAGAAUACAACAGAUGAGGAGCUGGAGGAAAUGUUAGAGAGCGGGAAUCCAUCAAUAUUCACAUCUGGGAUUAUGGAUUCCCAGAUCUCAAAGCAAGCAUUGAGUGAGAUUGAGGGGCGGCAUAAGGACAUUUUGCGACUUGAAAGCAGCAUCAAGGAGCUUCACGACAUGUUUGUGGACAUUGCCAUGCUAGUGGAAAAUCAGGGAGAAAUUGUAGAUAACAUAGAACUCAACCUGAGGCACACCUUAGAUCACGUAGAGAAAGCUCGCGAGGAGACCAAAAAGGCCCUGAAAUAUAAGAGUAAGGCACGCAAGACACUCCCAAGCUCUUCCUGGUUUGAUAGCAAGACUCCCCCUCCUGAUCCUCACCACCAUGAUGUGACCUUCCCCUGCCUACCCUCCUGCCUUUGGCCUCUUGGAUUUAGUAUGAAGGAUGAGUUCACUUGCACCAGUGCUUCCUGUGAGAGCUACAUUCUGUUCCAGUUCCCUCCUCGGAUAAAGCUCUGCAGCCAGAAGAGUCUGAUGUACCUUGCUGAAUCCAGGAUGUACAGCAAUCUCACGGCACUCCAGAGAGAACCUCCCAACAUAUCUGCUCCUUACCCUUCCUUCCCUUCCUUCCCACAACACCUGCUGCCUCCAGGUCAAGCAUUUCCUAUGUUUAAUCCCCCAUCCUUCAAGAAUAUUCUCUAGUACGGUGGAAUGAACCUUGAACGGAAUUUUGGACACAUCUUUGCCUACCUCAGUGCCUUCAUUCUUUUCAGCUCUGCCUUUUUCUUUUCUUUUAACAAUGGAGAUGUCUUUACUAAAGAUGUCAGACAUUACAUUGCUAGUCAAAAUUGCCCAGGUUAAGGGCCAAGACUUGAACUGGAUCUGCUACAUAACUGCUGACCACCAUCCCAUUGUAUACUGAGGCUAGCAUUCUGCUCUCUUUUUUUUAAGUUUAGAGCAGAUUUUGCGACUCAUAAAUAUUUUGCAGGACACAAAUCUUAGCCAGUUGUAUGUCACAGUAUAUCUUGCCCUGCUAUCCCCAAAAAGAGCUUGACUUAAUAGUGGCACAGUUUGCAGUCAAUCAAGGCAAUCUUGGAAGAGGGAUAGUGGGUUAGGACCACAGGCAUAAAUGCAGCCAUCGAGGCAUGAAAACAAUCAAGCCAGUUUCCCUAAAUUAGGCUGUGACAACUGCAUGCUACAUAGGUGGGAUAUAGCCGCUAGUACUCAGGCCCUCCAAAUCUGAGCUGCUUGUGUACUAAUUUUUUGGCUCAAAGCAGCCAGCAUUGUAGCAGAGGUGUGAUGUUUUGGGUACUUAGAACUGGUCUGUGUUUGAACAGAAAGAUGUCCUUAGAUGCCUAUGGAGGAAAGCACUCCUUGGGAAUAUGUGUGGUCUACAAAAUGGGUAGCCAACCUUAUUUGUUUGGAAUGCAUUCAGAAUUCUGAAAGGAGUAGAAUGCAAUUCCUUCCUGCUUUAAAAUAUUUGUUUUUCUUGGGCGAGUGUGCCUGUGUGCUGAAGGCAUGGUUGUGUGUACCCUCUCUCACCCAGUCCUGUGUGUGCAUGUUUGUCUGAUGACAUACUAAUUGGGGGGAAAUGAAAGGCUUGGUUUGCUUGGAAGUGUUUUUCUACUGAGGGUUUCUACCUUGUUUGAAUGAUCACAUUGCCUCCAUUAAAUUGCUGUUCAACACUCAGCCAGUUUGGUUUGCACAGCCAGGAAAAGCUAGUGUGGAGAAAGGCAGUGAGUUGGUUCAUAAGACAUACAGAUAAGUCAUGUGUUUUCAUGAUACUAUAACUACUGCCAGGGAAGACUUUACUUUCCCAUUUAAAAGACCUCAAGCUUGUUAAAAGAGUAUAUUUAUGUGUUUUUUUCUCAAGGGCGGUCCUAGCAGUUGUUACGCUUUUGUGGUUUUGUUUAAAGUAAAAUCCCCCUCAAGUCUUGCUGCUUCCAAACAUGAGUUUUAGGGUUUUUGUCUGAGAAACCCUUUGCUAUUAUUUUUCCUAUUCAAAAGUUAUUCAGCUGCCUCACUGCUUCAUUUUCAGUCAUAUCUGUGUCCCCCUCCUGCGGGUGUCACUCGCAGAAGCGAAGGGAUGUGACUGUGAAUUAGGCACAGAGAAAUUAAUUUGGCUAGGAAAGCAUCGUGAUCUAGCUUAGCAAAAAUGCACAGAAGGCUGAUUCAGGCUAGCCAUGGUAUGGGAUCAAGUCUCAGGCCCUUCUCUGAGAAGCAAGCGCCUAUGCUUCAGUUCCUUUCACCUUCAGCACCAAUAAGUUCACUGCACGGAAGCCUACCUCACAGACUAAAUGAACCACAUUCCCUUUUUCAAAGGUGGGGAAUCGUCCUGGAACUAAGGGUUGGUAGAGAGACAUUAAUACAGGAAGAAAGCUUUAGGUCCUGGCAGUUACGUUUCUGUUGAAAUUUAAGGGGCAGAUGCACAGAAAAGUGUUCUAUAUUUAUACAAAUUCUUCACUGGAAAGCCUGCUGUAGCUGUUAUCUCCCAUGGGAGAGAAAGCCCCUUUGACUGGAAUUGAGGAUUUGCUUCCUGGGGGAGAUGACCAUCUCCUGGACACGAGGAAAAUCUGGCCGGUUACCCGUUGUUCCACCAUUCAAUUCCACCCAGUAUCUAGCCUGUCUAGUGUUGAUGUUGCAGUAACCAUACAAACACUUGCCUGCCAACUGGCAGUGACCUCUUUGAGUGCACAGAUGGAGCGAAGAGGAAAGUCUUUCUAGAGAUGUCCUUUCCUUUAGGCCUUGAUGUCUGUACAUUGUUAAGUGGUGCUUAAAAAGUUGGUGGACUGAUCACCCAUGAGAGCCAUCUGCAAAGCGGGGAAGACUGAAUUUCAAAAUACUGUGCUGCCUAUGGACAGCAGAGAUGAUAGGAAUUUGGUUUUGUCAAUGCUUUUUUUAAUGAGCAUUUUUUGUUUUUAAUAAAUGAGUUUGAUGUUCAAAUAAUCUGUAAACUCCGUGCUUGUGUAUUGAACUUCUGGACAGGGUAUAGCCAUACAAGCCAUUAUUAUUGUUUCGAGGUGUGUACUUUCUUGGUCUUGUAUGGCUUUUGCCCAUAUCCAAAUAUGCUUCAGCAACACACCUUGCAGUGUGUGGGUCUCGGGGAAGAAGGUUUGCUAUUCUUAACACAGAAGAGGAACUGCCUCUUAAAUACACCUGGAACAUAAAGUGGCUGGAUUCCACCACCGCUCCCCAUUGUCAUUAUGCCAAAUCUUUCAGGUAAGAUGAUUCUGUCCUGUCAACCUUCCCCAAUCUUUGGUCCCCAAAUGUUGUGGUCUAUGACUCCCAUUAUCUCUGACCAAUUGGCUAGGGAUGAUGGGGGCUAUAGUCCAAUGACAUCUAGGAACCUAAGGAUGAGGGAGGCUGCCAUUAAGAGUGUCAGUACCCAUAUGCUUUCCAUCUAAAAUACUUAAGGGUUGUACAGGACCCCAAAAUGGAAUGGAGUGCUUCUAUAUUAUGUAAAAAUAUGGUUGGUAUAUAAAAAGAGAACAGUCUCAGUGCUAUCUGCAUCUGUGAAAGAACAGCCCUGUCCAUAAUACCCUCCUUAACUCUGGUGUGUUUAUGUCCCUAGUUUCCCGUCUUCCUUAAUUCUAUCCUCCACUUGUUACCCACAAAACACAAGCCCUCUCCUCUGUCCCCUUGUUCCUGCUACCAUCCCCCUACCAGUGAGAUGUCUGGGUAUAUUGCUAUUCAUGUUUCCUCUUGCUGAGCAGAAGAAGAUCAUGAUCAUGAUAUGCUGCAUCAUUCUUGCCAUCAUCCUGGCCUCUACUGUCGGCAGCUUCUUUACCUGAGCGCCCCUAUCCUGUCCCUCACCACUUGUCUAAGGUGAGUUGCAUGCAGAAGCUUGAUCCAGAGGUUUGUUUAAUCAAGGUAAUGCUCAUUUUUAUGGACAUUGCAGUCUACUCUUAUUUCCCAAACUGCCUUAUACUUCUACCCAUUGCUAUGGUGCAGAAUACCUUAGCAGAAAAUACCCCCCUCCCAAAAAAAAACAAAAAACUUGAGCCAUCAACCUGGAGAUAAGUCUGUGCAGUCCAGCUGGGUGAGUAGAGUAGAAUAUCAGAAUUCACAAAUGCAUAUGUACUGAAAGGCUCUAAAUCGGAGCGUUAGGAGCAUCCUGCUUAUAAAAGGAGGGCGAUAACUUCCUGUGCAUUUCCAGGGUAGUAUGAUCUCGUAAUUUUUGCUGGUUGUUACGCUACAAUACUACUUGUCAUCUGUUUCCUUUUACCUUCAACCAUCUCAGCUCCUUGCCGUUUCCUUUCUUCCAGGAUGGAUUUGCAAGAUGGCUUCCCCACUCCACACACGCUUCCCCGGUCCUACAAUUUCCAGUGCUUCCUCUCUUUAUGGAGAUGUCACAGCCAACCACUUACCCUUCAAAAUCUUUUGCUGGAUUUCAGGAGAUUAAAGAAAGGGCAGGAGGAGCUAGAGCAGGACCCAAGCGUUAGUACACCAGCAUAAAGCCAAGUAAGACAGCGAGGGGGAACAGUACGAGCACAGGGGCCUUCUGGCUACUACAACCAAGCUUGUUGGUUGCUCUUGAUACUUAACCAGCUCUAUAAUUGCAACUUUACUCCCCCUUAUACUUGAUGCUCCUGCCUAGAUUUCUCCAGUGAAACCAAGUACUUUUGUUAUUUUACUCACGUACGAAUCUCCUCUUACAUGCAUCUCAAGGUGAUUUAUAUACCAUUGAAAACAUAGUAGGGGAAAACCCCUAACGGCUCAUGUUAUUUAUGAAAGAAAAUCCAAAGGUUCACCUCCCUUUAUGACAAUCCACAUUAGGCAAGCAGGUGCCUGUGGGUUUUCAGACCUGUGAUUUUUUUGUUUGUUUGCUUUCUUCUGCUUAUGCUUUGUUGAAAGGGAUACAACUUCUUACAGUAGCCUCAAAAGGUGUGUGACUGAACAUUUGGAUGAUGGCAUGGACUGAGCCAGAUUGUUUCCUCGCCUGCUGAAUAAUGUUGCUUAUGCAGACUCCUGCCAUCCUUGUGGUCCUAGUCCCAGUCCGUUGAUUUUGUUGUAUGAAUGGGAAUUCUUGAGGUGCAAUCUGCAAAUGCCCCUAGGGGAGCCACACACCCCAUGUAAAUCAUUGUGUUCUGUCCGAUUUGACACUGGUUGUAUUAACAUGUAUACGUGUAUAUAGAACUAUCCCACAAUUUCUCACGUACUUGAAGAAAGGUUGUCAUUUAUUUAAACAACUUAAGCUGUAUUUACUCAACUGUAUGUUGUUUCCUCCCUUCCGUCACCUCUCUGGUAGGGGGCAUGUAGCUGGAACACUUUUAAUUCCUUUAAUCCUGGCCAACAGUGUAGCUCCUUCUCCAGCUGGGGCAACUCCUCAGGUUGUUUCCCCCCCUUUAAAUGAUAAACCAGUCACUAGGAAGAAGGGAGAUAUAUGCAACUGCCUGAAGACCCAUCCUUUGAAUUAUAAAAAUUAGAAGUCCCGUGCACAAGAGGGGCCACUGGAUGCUUUGGACUUGGAAGGGAAAAUGCUUAUUCAGUAUCCCAUAACUGUGACUUAAUGAAAGCUACUCUCUUACUGUUCAAAAGGCGUGGAUGUUCAGAAAUCCUCUGGAAUAAAGAGUUUUGUUUGAUCUGC